AUGCUUCACCGGACCAAGGAGCACUUAUCGAACUUCUCUUUCUUCAAGCUCCUCCGCAAAGACGCGUCUUCUCAACCCCGCAUCUCCAAAUCCACUAGCGAAGAACACAAUUCUGAGUCUGUACUAAGCUCAGAUACCUGGGUUGACGCGUUUGAGGAUCAGCCAUUCAAAGAAUUUCCCACCUACUUCGACAACCCCCCAAACUUCCACCCCCCUGUUGAAGUUGAUGCAGCUGAAAAUCAACGCGAAGAAGGAUAUCAAAGAUACCCAAACAACCCUCCACCUCUGCAGCAGCCUGUUAAAGUUGUUGCAGCUGAAAAUCAACGCGAAAAAGGAUUUGAAAGAUACCCAAACAACCCUCCGCCCCUUCAACUGCCCGUUGAAGAAUAUCUAGCCAACAUGGAUUUUGAUGAGCAUCUUGAUAGUGAUUCGGAUUUCCCAUCGGUAUCGUCGGCGAAACAUCAGUCGAGUCCCUACAGCCUCAAUGGCGGCGAAUGGGUGACCAAUCUACGUUCGACCUCAAUCUCGCCACCUUCGAGCUAUGGAAAGCCCCAGGAGCCCCAGGCACCCAAGGUGAUGAGGUUGGCCCUGAAUGACAUGACCGAGGAACAAAUCGCUAGCCACUUCCCUCGUGUACUCAAAAUUUUCUGCCGGAUCUAUGCUGUUGCCAAGCUUAUGCAGGUUGCAUUUCUAGGUUAUGGAAUUGAGCUUGACUCAUCUGAGACGGGAUUGCUUUACUGGAUCCAUCAAGCUGAGACCAAUGUCCGGGCGGAUUCCCUUUUUGAACUGCUCCCAAUUGUCGAACAUCUCUUCUAUGCACUUUACGCUCGCGUUCAAUUCGAGAUGUCGUGUGUCGAACUGUGUUGGUUGUUUAGAUUUGCAGCCCGUCCAGGCAAUCGCCGGUUCUACAUGCCUGUCCCUCAUCACAUGUAUCGUCUCUUCCAUUUUUUCAGGGAGAUCCUGAGCGACCCAGAAAUCUGCGGUGGGCAUGACAAUGGCAUCAUCUGUCAUUUUAUGGAACGAUAUGUGUCGCUCGUCAUCGAGAAAGAGAACAGCAAGGGACCGUUUGUUGCUGAUGAUAUACUGGGAUACCGCCAGUUCGCUUACAGCCUCACUCGCAACCAAGGUUCUAAGUACUGUAGGAAAUGGGACAGCCUAAUUCCCAUCUUUCCUGACUUUCCAGCUGAGAUCCUGGUUGUGCUUUCCGAGAAAUACCUCACCGUUACCCCCAAGCGUGUGCCAGAAGUUGAUAUUCGCUCAGAAUGUCUUCCAUUCGCCAACCUGGAACUCAUGGAUCCAGUUAAGCGCGAGAGAGAAAUCAUCCUCGACAACCAUCUUGCCACCGUGGCCAAAUUGGAGGGCAAAUGCAUCGGAGACUGUCGACGCGAGGAUCAGGAUUGCAAUUUGUUGCACAAGAUAAAGCAAUUCAAGUGCAUCUGCCGUUCACGCUGCUCCUGUGCUCGUCUGUGCACCCAUAAUGUGGAGAAUCCCUGCCCCUGUGCUGAACGACAGUUGCGUAUGCAGCUAGCCAUUAACCGUAAUGGUACUGGCCGGUAUGACUUUGCGACGCGUGUUAGCACAAUUGCUAUGGCUGGGUUCCAAGGCCUUGCGGUUAUGAGGACAAAUGUCCAUGAUGAUCUCGUGGUCGCUGAAAUCGCCGGAAUCCUUGGCGUGAUUAAAACGGAGAUCCAAAAGCAGCGGGCUGCUGAUAUGAACAGCCGGCCGGGUGUGAAUGAUCAAUGGGCAUUUUAA